AUGACUUCCUCAAUGACACCCAUGGAAGAUGCCAUCAGGCAAAAGGUCACGCAAGAGCUGAAGCCAACUUCGCUCGAGAUCUUCAAUGAUUCUCAUAAGCAUGCUCACCACAAGGCAAUGGCAGGUGUGACCUCGAGAGAGACACAUUUCAGGGUCAACAUCGUCUCGGAUGCUUUCAAGUCAAAGAUGCAGCCAGCAAGACACAGAAUGGUUUACACACUCUUGAAGGAUGAGAUGGCUGCUGAGGGCGGCAUCCAUGCUCUCCAACUCAAAACUCGCACACCCGAGGAGGAGGAGAAGGCGAAAGCACGAGAGUCAUGA